AUGUCCAAAGGAAAGUUUGUUGUGUUUGAAGGAUUGGAUAGGUCUGGAAAGACGACCAUAGUCGGAAGCCUGUAUGAAAGCCUGCUCCCUAUUGUGCCUACCAGCAAGAUCCGAUUUCCAAACAGAAGCGGCCCUGUGGGCAAGAUCAUAGACGGGUAUUUGCAGAAGAAAACCAAUCUGGAGAGCGAAACCAUCCACCUACUAUUCAGUGCAGAUAGAUAUGAACACAGACUCAUGAUUGAAGAGCUCAGGAGGGAUACCAUAAUUCUCUGUGACCGCUACUCGAUGAGCGGGAUAGCGUAUUCCGUAGCCAAGGGUCUAAGCUUGGACUGGUGCAUUGCGUCCGAGGCUCUACUUCCCAAGCCCGACCUGACUAUAUUCAUAGAUGUUCCCAUGGAUGAGAUAUGCAGGAGAAAGGGGUUUGGAACGGAAAUCCACGAUACUGUUCCGUUUUUGAAGAAAGUUCUCUCUGCAUACCAAGCACUCCUCAAGAAGGAAGAGAACACCCUUGUUGUUGAUGGAACUCUUCCAGUGAGGGAGGUUGUUGAAAUCGUGAGGAAAAGGAUACUUGGGUAG